AUGUCUAUAACGGAGUCGCCAAUAGCUCUGUCCGAUCUCGAGGCGGUGCUGGCCUGGGUGGACACUUUCAAACUUUCACGUCCCACUAAAAAGAUAAAUAGGGAUUUUUCCGAUGCAGUACUUCUAGCUGAGAUCUUAGGCGUCCAUUAUCCAAAACUUGUUGAAAUGCACAAUUAUCCGCCGCGAAAUAGCCACUCUUUGAAAUUGAAUAACUGGAUGACCUUAAAUAGAAAGGUACUUAAGAAACUAAGGCUCAAUUUAUGCUGCAACACAAUGGAGCAACUGGCUAACUGUGCACCGGGAGUUAUCGAGAGAGUACUCAUUAUGGUCCGUGAUAAGAUUCGCCGGGAUGAAGAGCUGAACAGAAGUAUGAACCAGGAACAAAAUUUAUCAAGCGGUGGCAGUUACUAUGAGACUUGUGGAGAUGAAGCAAACGUGCUCGUUGUUCCGGUUAAGUCGCGUAUUAAUGGUAUUCUAGAGACCGUUCAACGUAAGGUGGUAUGCUACGAUUCCUAUAUGUCGCUCAAAGAGGAGAUGAAAGACGCGAAAGAAUCUAUUGAAGUGCUUAAACAAAAGGUUGAACAUCUAGAUAAUUUACUAAAACUUAAAGAUGAAAGAAUUGAUGAAUUGCAAAAGCAAUUAGAAAGAAAACAAUUUAGGCGCAAAGAAGUUGAAGCACUGCAAAAUAGUCUAGUCAUUCCAUUCGAGUUAGGUCCUCCUUCGCCGAAAGUAAGUGACGUGGUCGUACCAAAUAAACCCCUUGUAUUAAAAAUUAGUGACUCCAACAGCAAAAUACCAAAGCUUGAAGACCUAUCAAGACCUAAGUCAGAAGAGAAAAUUCCUAAAGAAGAUAUUAAAAUCUAUAAAGUAGAAGAAUCGAGAAUUCCAAUGCCAGAAAAGAGAACUCGAAUAGAGCUUGCUAAAUCUUUUUCGAAGCCAAGUAUUACUGAAGUAACACCGGAUGAUUUUGUGGAAAAGUCGAAAGACGUUGACAAAAUCAGAUCAGAAGUUUUUUUUGAAGGAAUAGAAAUCAUUGAUCAGAGGACUUUUGACAACUAUCUUGAUAACGAAGAAUUUAAAGAUACUGAAUCGGAUUUACCCAAUUCUAUACAAAAGGAUAUAUCUGAUAUUACACAAAUUAAUUUUAUACCAGAUGCCUUUGUUAAUUAA